GGCGCGCUUGCAGUUUAUAACACUGCAUCUUUCCAGCUUGCGUUUCCGUGAGGAGACGACUCGCAACAUCAACAUUUGUUCGAUUCAAUUGACUUUUUUUCUUCCUUCUAGUAAAAAGCGCUGCGUUUUAAGUGGUGUCUUGAGGAUGUCGGGGCAGAAGCGUCCUGCAGACCCCAGCGGCCCCGCGUCCUCCUCGGGUGUGCACCCAGAAAAGCGAAGGGAGCGGGAUGGUGAGGACGGAGGAGGUUCCGGUGUCAGCGCGGCUGCAGGUGGGAGCACAGCCGUUGAGACCGUCAUCAAACUCGGAGGUGUUUCCAACUCGGAAGAACAAGAUAUCAAAGCUCUCCAGACGAAGAACCGUAAACUGGGAGAAUCCUUAGAUCAAAGACAGGGGAUUGAAGAUGAACUACGAGAGAGAAUCGAAAGACUCGAGACGCGCCAGGCCACCGAUGAUGCAAGUCUGCUGAUCCUCAAUAGAUACUGGAAUCAGUUUGAUGAAAAUAUAAAGCUGUUCAUCAGGCGUUAUGACCAAUCGCCCAGCGAACCUGAGAAGUCUCCAACAAUAGAGGGAAGGAACCUAAAGCCAGAAACCCCUGAACCUGAUGGAGACUCUAAUCAAGAGAGGGCCAAGGACAGAGGCCACCAGGGAGAGACGUCCAACUCUUUCCUGGCCACGCUGGCCAGCAGCACCAGUGAGGAGAUGGAGGCAGAGCUCCAAGAGAGAGUGCAGUCCAGUCAGAUGCAGGCUGCUCGUAUUGUGGAGAUCUACAAGUGUCUGAAGAGCACUGUGGACCAGCUAAAUGCAGACGUGGACUCCGGAGUUGGAGGUAGUUUGUGGCCUGCAGCUUCCAAACUCAAUGCACUCCUGACCAGUGAAAACGAGCGUCUUCAACAGAUGACUGAAGACCUCAAGCGGAAACACAGUCACAUGACCAGUGAGUCCCGAUCUCUGGCCCGCGCUGCAAACAAGGCAGACCAGCGUGUCAGCGAGCUGCAGGUUCUGAUCGAAGAGCUUCAGUGGGAUAUGGAGAAGAUACGUCGGCGAGAAAAUCGCCUCAAUGCGCACAUGAGCGAAAUACUUGAAAGGGUAAACAGCAAAGGCUAUAAGGUGUGUGGGGAGGCCAGCAGUGUUUGUGGAACCAUCACAAUCAACAAGAGGAAGUUUGAGGAAAUGGACAGCGAGUUGGAGGAGAACCAAGAGCUGGCAGACAAUCGUUUCACUGAGCUUCAGAAACUCCAGCAGGACCUCCAAAAUGUGCUGCAGGAGAACAACAACAUGAAGGCAGAGCUGCUGAGUCGAGCAGAGUGCUUGGUGAGGGAAACCUCUGAGUAUCGCUGUCUGCAGUCUCAGUUUUCUGUGCUCUACAACGAGUCUUUGAUACUCAAGGCUCAGUUGGAUGAGACACGCGCUCGUCUCAACACGACGAGGACGGCACGACUUCGACAACUGGAGCACAUGGAGAAUGACGAGGUGACACUGCAGAGGAAGGUUCGCACUGAGGUGUUUCAGCUGGAAGAUACGCUGGCUCAAGUCAGGAAGGAGUAUGAGAUGCUGCGCAUCGAAUUCGAACAGACUCUUGCCGCCAACGAGCAAGCGGGCCCUAUAAACCGAGAGAUGCGCCAUUUGAUCAGCACCCUACAAACUCACAACCAGCAGAUGAAGGGAGAGGUUGUGAAAUUCAAGCUGAGGCUAAGAGAGACACAAGCUGAACUCAACCAGAUCUGCGUUUCAAAGGGGAACACCAUCUUGCAAUCUCAGUCCAGCACAGAGAUGGAUGUGAAGGAGGAGACGUCUCCUACGACAACCGCGAUUUCAGGGGACUCUGUAGUCAAGACUGAGCCUCCUGACAACGGCUCUUCUACGCCAAGCAGCACUGGCACAUCAGUUAAAACAGAGCCAGGAGUCGAACCUGAGGUAUCCGUCAAAGAGGAGGAGAAAGAUGAGAAGAAAGAAAAGGAAGAAAAGAAAGACAUUGUUAUCAAGAAAGAAGAGAAAGACAGAGAGCGGGAGAGGGAAAAGGAGAGGGACCGGCCAACUCGCAGCGGCAUAAAGGAAGAGAAGGAUAAAUCAGGGAGUAGCCACCAAUCUGAGGAAUCUUCUGGGGAGCGCCUUUCUUCAGCUGGGGUGCCAAAAAGGAAAGAGAUGGAGCAGCUAAAGAUCGUCAGAGUAGAGCUCAAAAAAGCCCAGGAGUCCCAGAGGGAGAUGAAGCUGCUCUUAGACAUGUAUCGCUCAGCCCCUAAGGAACAGAGAGACAAAGUCCAGUUGAUGGCAGCAGAGAAGAAAGCCAAGUCGGAGGCAGAGGAGCUGCGUCAGAGGCUGAGGGAGCUUGAGGAACGAGAAAGGAGAGAGGGCAAGAAGAUGGCCGACGAGGAAGCCUUAAGAAAGAUUCGCUCAGUGGAAGAGCAGAUCGACAUCCUCAACAAAAAGCUCUCCAUAGCAAAGCAGGAGGAGGACGCCCUGCUGAGCGAGAUGGACGUGACGGGCCAGGCCUUUGAGGACAUGCAGGAACAGAACAUUCGCCUGAUGCAGCAGCUCCGAGAAAAAGAUGACGCCAACUUCAAGCUGAUGAGCGAGCGCAUCAAGUCCAACCAGAUCCACAAGCUGUUGAAAGAGGAGAAGGAGGAGCUGUCGGAUCAACUGCUCACUUUAAAAACUCAGGUGGAUGCCCAGCUGCAGGUGGUGAGAAAGCUUGAGGAGAAGGAGCGCCUGCUGCAGGGCACUAUUAGUACUGCUGAGAGAGAACUAGCUCUAAGAACACAAGCACUGGACAUGAACAAACGCAAGGCCCAGGAGUCGGCAAUGUUAUCGGAGGAAGUGCGAACUCAGCUGGAGCAGGUUCAGCAGAGGCUUGUUGUGGUCAGAGAAGAGGUGGUAGAGAACAGCAUCUCCAGGGAGAAGGAGUCGUUCAACGCCCGACGAGCACAGGAGGACAUCUCUAAACUGAGGCGAAAGAUCGAAAAGGCCAAGAAACCCGCUGAGAAAAUUAGCAAUGGCGACGACCUCCUAAAUGAAGAAAUUAGUGACUAUAAGGCCCGGCUAACGUGUCCUUGUUGCAACUCCCGGGUGAAGGACGCCGUCCUGACAAAGUGCUUCCACGUCUUCUGCUUCGAGUGCGUCAAGACACGCUACGACACGCGCCAGAGGAAAUGCCCCAAGUGCAACGCCGCAUUCGGGGCCAACGACUUUCAUCGCAUCUACAUUGGCUAGUCCACCCUUAAUGUGAGGCAGGAAGACGACAAGCAGUGUAGUGCAGAUGCUGCCCGCAGCACUUGUUCUCCUCUUUUGUGUUGAAAACGGCUCUACUGUAUUUGUCCGGCCUCAAACUGAACUGAAGGCGUUAAUACUUAGCUUUUAGGUGAUUGUUUUUUUUACUGACUGAAUUUGUAUGUGGCCUUAAAACAAGGCAGUCACACACAAAGGAUUAGCAGCAUUGCAAUGAACGUGUGAAUGUGUAA